GUGAAGCCCGUGACGUCACCAACUCGGUAGGCGCGAGGAGGUUUUUCAUGAAAAUAAAACGUUAGCCUGUCUGUUAUCCUCCAUGAAAUAGGCUAUAUCUUGACAAAUAUACUGCAGAAGUAUGUGUGGUUUCGGUAAGUGAACUUUAAAUUACUUGUUUUUUUUUUGUACCGGAGAAAGCUACCUAUUGUUUUCACUUCGGCGAGGGAAGCAUUCUGUCACCCGAUUACAUUUUGUCACCCGUUGAUAACCCUUGAUCAUGACUCUCAGUUCCAUUACAUUGCACAUACAGUGCCUUCAGAAAGUAUUCACACCCCUUGACUUUUUCCACAUUUUGUUGUGUGACAAAACGGGAUUAAAAUUGAUUUAAUUGUAAAAACAUAAAUAUAUAUCAACGAUCUACACAAAAUACUCUGCAGUGUAAAGUGGAAGUAAAAUUCGAACGUCUGUAAAAAAUACAACACUAAUAUCUUGAUUAGAUAAGUAUUCAACCCCCUGAGUCAAUACAUGUUAGAAUCACUUUCUUUCCUGAAUACAAAGUGUUAUGUUUGGGGCAAAUCCAAUACAAAACAUUACUGAGUACCACUCUACAUAUUUUCAAGCAUAGUGGUGGCUGCAUCAUGUUAUGGGUAUGCUUGUAAUAGUUCUAGACUGGAACGUUUUUCAGGAUAAAAUAUAAACUUAAUGGAGCUCAGCACAGGCAAAAUCCUAGACGAAAACCUGGUUCAGUCUGCUUUCCACCUUUCAGCAGGCCAAAUCUACACUGGUGUUGCUUACCAAGAAGUCAGUGGAUGUUCCUGAGUGGCCAUGUUACAGUUUUGACUUAAAUCUGCUUGAAAAUCUAUGGCAAGACCUGAAAAUGAUUGUUUAGCGAUGAUCAACAACCGAUUUGACAGAGCUUGAAGAAUGUACAAAAUAAUAAUGGCCAAAUAUUGUACAAUCCAGCUGUGAAAAGCUUUAGAGAUUUAUCCAGAAAGUUUGUCUGUCUGUCUCUCUGUGUGUGUGUGUGUCAGAUAAGGAGAAGGGUCCGGGGUGGCUGAUGAAGAAGGGGUUUACUCUGAUCCUAGUGGGCCACAUCAACUUCAUCCUGGGAGCCAUCGUCCACGGCAGCAUCCUGCGCCACAUCUCCAAACCCAACGACCAGAUCACCACUGAGUUCACCGCAGGCAACAUCAUCUCUGUCACUUCUGGACUGCUGGUCAGUCAGAAAACUAUAUUAUGGGUUACUGUAGUAAUAAUUUGUAAUAACGUGAUGUUAUAGAUUAAAAAAAACGUACGUUUGUCUUUACGUUUUCAGAGCAUUGCAACAGGAAUUAUUGCCAUAUUGGUGUCAAGAAAUCUGUUGGUUUGGAAACUGGUAAGACCAUCACCAUCCAUAACAAUAACAUAUAAUUUGUAAGAUAGAAUGAACAUCAUUAAGUCUGCAACCAUCAACUCUUCACCUCCUCUCUCGUACAUUCUUUCCCCACUGACCUCCCUUGAUUACUUGUUCUAGUCUUUUUAAUAAAUAUUUGUGUGUUGAAAAUGUCUAACCUCUUAACUAUUUGCAUACACUUCAAACAGACAUACAUAACCCACCAGAUACACCACUAUGGGUUUCUUCACUGUACCCAAACCAAAAACAGAUUUAAUGCGUAGCUCAGUUAUGUAUAGUGCCAUUUCAUCGUGGAAUGCCCUGCUCCAAGAGGUUAUUCAGGCAAAAAGCAAGUUUAGCUUAAAAAAAACAGAUAAAAAAACAUAUUGUAUCACCGGGCCUAUCCUCUUUCUAAAGAUCUAAUUUAACUGUACAGUAUCAGUCAAAAGUUUGGACACACUUACUCAUUCAAGGGUUUUUCUUUAUUUUUACUAUUUUCUACAUUGUAGAAUAAUAGUGAAGACAUCAAAACUAUGAAAUAACACAUGGAAUCAUGUAGUAACCAAAAAAAGUGUUAAACAAAUCAAAAUAUAUUUUAUAUUUGAGAUUCUUCAAAGUAGCCACCCUUUGUCUUGAUGACAGCUUUGCACACUCUUGGCAUUCUCUCAACCAGCUUCAUGAGGUAGUCACCUGGAAUGCAUUUCAAUUAACAGGUGUGCCUUGUUAAUUUGUGGAAUUGUUUUCCUUAAUGCAUUUGAGCCAAUCAGUUGUGUUGUGACAAGGUAGGGUUGGUAUAGAGAGAGAGCCCUAUUUGGUAAAAGACCAAGUCCAUAUUAUGGCAAGAACAGCUCAAAUAAGCAAAGAGAAACGACAGUCCAUCAUUACUUUAAGACAUGAAGGUCAGUCAAUCCAGAAAAUGUCAAGAACUUUUAAAGUUUCUUCAAGUGCAGUGGCAAAAACCAUCAAGCACUAUGAUGAAACUGGCUCUCAUGUGGACCGCCACAGGAAAGGAAUACUCAGAGUUACCUCUGCUGCAGAGGAUAAGUUCAUUAGAGUUGCCAGCUUCAGAAAUUGCAGCCCAAAUAAAUGCUUCACAGAAUUCAAGUAACAGACACAUCUCAACGUCAACUGUUCAGAGGAGACUGCAUGAAUCAGGCAUUCAUGGUCGAAUUGCUGCAAAGAAACCACCACUAAAGGUGCUGCAUCAGAUGACCUGGCCUCCACAAUCACCCGACCUCAACCCAAUUGAGAUGGUUUGGGAUGAGUUGGACCGCAGAGUGAAGACAAAGCAGCCAACAAGUGCUCAGCAUAUGUGGGAACUCCUUCAAGACUGUUGGAAAAUAAUUCCAGGUGAAGCUGGUUGAGAGAAUGCCAAGAGUGUGCAAAGCUGUCAUCAAGACAAAGGGUGGCUACUUUGAAGAAUCUCAAAUAUAAAAUAUAUUUUGAUUUGUUUUAACACUUUUUUUGGUUACUACAUGAUUCCAUAUGUGUUAUUUUCAUAGUUUUCUACAAUGUAGAAAAUAGUACAAAUAAAGAAAAACCCUUGAAUGAGUAGGUGUGUCCAAACUUUUGACUGGUACUGUAUAUAGGAAUAUGUAGAUAUGAAUAGUGUGUAAAUAGUAUUUUUGUUGUCUCAGUGUCUUUCCAAUAGAUAACUCAUAUUAUUAUUUUUAGUUUUUUUAGAAUGUUUAUUUUAUGUCUAUAACUUGUCUAUAACUGUUCUGUACUUUCAUGUAUUUGUAAGUUUUAUUUGGACCUCAGGUAGAGGUCUAGCUAAUGGGGAUCCUAAUAAACUAUACUCCCUUGACUUCACCCCUCUUUCCCUCCUUUCUCCUCCGCCUAUCCCCCCCUACUCUUGCUCUCUCUCUCUUCUCCUUCUCUUCCGCAACUCCAGCACAUAGGUCUUCUGAUUAGUUCCUUCCUGAAUGCCCUACUCUCUGCGGCCUGCGGCGUCGGGCUCCUAUUGGCUAUUAGCCUCACCAUUGCCAACGAGGGGCGGGGCCUCAUGAUGGGCUGCAACUUCACUGACCUGCCAAUCAACGCCCGCUCACCAAUCAACGCAGACUGCCCCUUCGACACCACACGGAUAUAUGUACGUCUGUUAUAGGACGUCUGUCCCUCUCUCCCUCUGCCGCUUUGACACCACACAAAUAUGUAUUAAGUUCCUCUCUCUCUCUCUAGGACACAACCCUGUCUCUGUGGUUCCCAUGUGUUCUGCUGGCAGGACUGGAAACAGGACUGUCCAUCUGGUGCUUCGUAGUGGGACUGGUACUGAGGGGUCUAGGACCCUGCUCACAUGCAUACCUCAAAGAACAGGUAAUACACACACACAUACACACACACACACACUAUCCUUUAAUCUCCAUCUCACCUGUUUCUUUUCUCUGUGCCAGCUGGAGGAAGAGGCUCUGACCAAUAGGGCAGCGGCAGAUCCAGAGUACUCACCCCCAGGCCAAAGCCUGAUUGGACAACACUCUGCCUACGCAUAGAGGACUGCCACAGUCAGGGAGGUGAGGGCUCAGUCCACCGGUGCUUGACCCUUCCCUGAGCCUCUACCCUCUAGCCCUUUCUCAUUUCAUUUUUUGUUUUUGUUUAAAUCAUCUUUACUUUUUUCUCUCACAUUUUACAAACAUAAUAAAUUAAAUAAUAUAAAUACAAAUAUUUUCACAUCAAUACAUGGGUUCAUUAUUAGGCUACUUAACAUGAUUUACAUAUUUCUCCUUUCCCAUUCCCCUAGGUGGAGCCAUGGUGCCUAGUGGUGCUUGUUUUAGUAAAAAACACAUGGGUUCAUGGGUUAUGACUGUGCAAUUACCAUUUUACUAUGUAAUUUUAAGUAAAUACCUGGUCAUUCCUGUACCGUAAACUAAAACACUACACAUCUAAUCAAUUUCUUCAGAUCUACCAAAGCAAUUUUUUUAAAGGAGCUAAAGUAACUAACGUCUCCUCUCAUGCUCUCUUUCCAACAUUGUUUUGAUGACGAAGGGGAUGACUGAACCUCGUCCUCUUCAGAGAACCUCCCUGAUGCCUAUACCUCCACUCAUACCAAAGACUCUCCUCUCCCUCUCAGUGAGCGGCUAGACUGUAAGAUGACCAUGUUUCUGUGUUUAUUCACGUCUGCCUCAGAAUGUCAAACCUCCCCUCGAUCCGCCAACAACAUUUCACAAAUACAGAAUUAUUGAUGGGAUCAAUAUCCUCGUUAUAGUAUUUCGCGAAGAUCAUAUUUAAAUCAGUGGAAAUUAUUGUAUUUCAUCACAUUUGGCAUUUAUCAUGCUUCAUACUCCGUUAUUUUCAGACUUGAUAUUAAGGGCUGGGCAUUAUGGCCUAAAAAUCAUAUCUAAAUGUUUUCUAACUCAUGGGCAAUUGACGAUAUACUUUGUUGUACAAUUAAAGGUCAAUUAAA